AGUCGUGAUUUGGCUCUCACCGAGUUGUGAACCAUAGAUACAUUAGAAAAAGACGCGUAUUGAAACAAAGUAUAAACUGAAAAAGGAACGGGAAAUAUAUUGAGUUUUAUUAUUUUUUAACAAACAAAUAUAUCAAACCUUGGCUUAUAUACCUACUUGUUUUUUUGAUAAAAGAAGAUACCUACAAGGAUUACCACCAGUUCAAAACUAUUUAACAACGUGUUAAGAUUACUCGAAGAAUCACUCGACUAAGAAACCUCAAGAAACACGAACGUGUCUUACAAAAUUCGGAAGAACACUUUUUUCAAGUGGAUAUUUUUAUUUAUUAUUUUUUAAACAUUGAACAAAUUGUGCAACGAAAAUACCUCAACUUAAUCAACUACCUCACACCCAUUGAACUUAAAAAAACAAAUAUUUAACGCGUAAUAAACUAUACCUAACUCCUCAAGUGUUACAUUUUAGUGCAAAUUGAAUUUAAAAUAAACAUUACAAUAAUCUACCUCCAUUCAAGUACAAAAAAUAAAACAUUAUUUUUCUAUAAAACAUUAAGAAUAAAGUGAUGACAAAAAAGAGUUGCUACUGGGAUUAAACAUUGAACUCUACUUCUUUACUUCGGUGUUGUGAAAAAAAAACAAAGUUUUUCGAAUCAAAAUAAACGGAAUUAAUAUUCCAAUACAAAACAAAGACUUAUUAAAAAUCAACACAUCGAUUAUGGCCUUGUCACUUCUACAGGACGCGCAAACAAGAGGAUUAGCCGCCGCCCUAGCAGGAAUAAAACGUGAAGAAGUUGAUAGUCUAUCUAUGUCACCGCCAAUGUCUGGAAAUAAUACAUCAGCCAUGUAUCAUCAAAGUGGACAAGCUAUGCACGCUGCAGCAGCAUCAGCAUUCGGAAUGCUUUCACCACAAUUACUGGCAGCAAACCGAUCAGCAGCGGCAGCAUUCAUGGCAGCACAAUUGCCAAUGUCAACAUUAGCUUCGACGCUGUUUCCACACCAUCCAGCGUUAUUUGGAGCAUGGCCACCAGCAUCGUCAGCGAAUCUGCCAUUAGGACCACACUCGCCACCAGCCAGUCCAAUUUCACCGCCAAUGAUGCAAAAAUCAUCGAAUUCUGUUGCACAUCUAAUGCAGUCACCAACAAGCACGGGCGGAAAUGUAGAAGCUUCACAAAAGAAAUCGAGGAAGAUCUCAGUGAAAAAGGAAUUUCAAUCUCCACCUGGAUCCAUGGAUAUCGGUGUCAGUUCAGACAUGUACCAUACACCAAAUGGUCCAAUCUCACCGCCGUCAAGUGGCUCAUCACCAAAUUCAACAAACGACGGUCCUGUUGGCAGCAAAGAUCCUUCGCGUGAUAAGAGCUUCACCUGCAAGAUUUGCAGUCGAUCUUUUGGCUAUAAGCAUGUUCUUCAAAACCACGAACGCACCCACACCGGCGAGAAACCAUUCGAAUGUCCUGAGUGCCAUAAACGUUUCACCAGAGAUCAUCAUCUAAAAACACACAUGCGUUUACAUACUGGAGAAAAGCCCUACCACUGCAGUCAUUGCGAUCGACAAUUUGUACAAGUAGCCAACUUGAGGCGCCACCUUAGGGUGCAUACUGGAGAACGACCCUACAAUUGUGACAUUUGCGAUGGACGCUUUAGUGAUUCAAACCAACUCAAGUCUCACAUGCUCAUACAUAACGGAGAGAAACCUUUCGAAUGUGACCGCUGCCACAUGAAGUUCCGUCGGCGACACCAUCUCAUGCAUCAUAAGUGCGGUAUCCAAUCGCCUCCUACACCAGCCAUUAGUCCAGCAAUGUCAGCAGAUUAUCCACUUUGUGAUCAAAAAUCGGCUGUCAGUUCGUUUGGAGGCUCAGAUGAAUCAAUGUCUGCAACAGCAUCAGCACAAGCCGCGUAUGAGACACCUUUGGAUCUCUCCGAAGAUGGAGCUAUGUCAGCUAAUGGCAGUGUGGAUGGUGACAAACGUUGCCGAAAGCCCCAUGACAUCCGUCGGGUCUUUCGUCUUCCACCUCAAAUUGUCCACAUUCCCACAGAUGUCCCAGUACAAACGGAACCUGAAGACCUUAGUAUGCGGUCGCCUCGAUCCCAACGGGAAUCAGCAUCACCAAUGUCCUUCCAUCACGAUGAGGACCUUGACGAUUUGGAUGAUGCUGCCACACUCUACAUGCGUCAGCAACAAAAAAUGUUGGAAGAGCAAAUGAAUGACCUCAAACACAACGUUCGAAUUGAAUAAGUUAAUGGCUGUAUAAAAUUGUAAAUAAGUUCAAAGUAACCCAAAACCAAAAUCUAAAAGAAAGUUUCGAAAAACAGGAAUUAAUCUAAGUACAACCCUUAAAAUCACAUAAUUUUUUAUAUAUAAAAGUAAACUAUUUAUGCAUUUAAAAUAUGUACAAAAUAUUUUGUAAGUUACAACGGUAAAGUCAAAGAGUACCCUUAACUUAAAACGAAAGAAAUACUUGUGCCAUUUUAUUUUGUAUUGUUAUUUAUAUUUUCAUUAUUUUUUUUUUUUUAAUUUUAUUAUAUUUAUCAAUAAGAUCGGAAAUCGGAAGACAAUUGUACAUAAAAUUUUAAACAAAAUUGUAAAUUUUUAGGAAAAAUAUUAAUUUCCAAAUUCGAAAAAUUGAACAUAUGAAUUUAUUUUUUUUUUAGUUUUAAUUAAUUGUAAACAAAUUAAUUUUUAAGAAGAAAAUUUUCUUAAAGAAAGUGAGACAAACAAUCAAAAUUAACUAUAAGUUGGUUAUUUAAUUAAUUAUUUUUUUUUUCAUUAAAAAAUUGUUUAAUGCUUAAAAAUAAUAACAUUGUUCAUAAAAAAUCAAAAAUUAACUGUUUUGUUUUUAGUUAUUUUUUUUUUAUAAAGAUAUGGAUUUAUAGUUUCAUGCAAACCUUUAAGAAUAAAAAAGAGUUUACCUAAAAUGUUUUUGUUUCUGUUUUAUUUUUGUUUUUAUUUUCUUUGUUUGUAUCAUAUAUUUUUUAUGGCACAAGCUUCAAGUUAUCCUACUUUUCCUUUUUCUAAACAUGACAAAUCCAGGAAUACCAAAAAUACCUCCAACGAUAAGUAAUUCACUUCAUAAGAACUACUAUAUAGAUACUUACAUAUAUAUAAAGUCAUAUUUAUAUACAAAAAAAAAAAUUAAUAUAAAUUUAAAAUGUAUACAUAACUUAUAUUAAAUAAAUAAAUAUAUAAAUAUUUUAGUUGGACAAAGUUUCAUAGAUAUAUUUGAUUUUUUGGUUUUAUCCUUUUUUACGGUUUGUAACGAUAAAUCCUUUCGUUUGCAAUCAUUCAAAGUAUGGUAUACA